AUGCAGCGCAUCCUUAGCGCCUACGAAAAUGCCAGUGGCAUGCCCAGGAACCACUCUGACUGCCCACUGGUGGUUGUGCCCGAGGAGGUGUUUUUCACACUUUCCGUGGCUGGGGUGCUGGAGAAUCUGGCCGUCCUUCUGGCUGUGGCUAAAAACAAGCACCUGCAAUCCCCUAUGCACUUUUUCAUCUGCAGCCUGGCCAUUUCCGACAUGCUGGGCAGCCUAUACAAGAUCCUGGAAAACAUCCUGAUCCUGCUCAGAAACGCAGGCUAUGUGAAACCUCGGGGUGACUUUGAAACCACGGCAGACGACGUCAUCGACUCCUUGUUCGUCUUGUCCCUGCUUGGGUCCAUCUUUAGCCUGUCUGCAAUCGCCGCUGACCGUUACAUCACCAUCUUCCACGCCCUGCAGUACCACAGCAUCGUGACGGUGCGUCGUGCCCUCAUCGCCCUCACCAUCCUUUGGGCGCUCUGCACGGGCAGUGGCAUCACCAUGGUGAUCUUCUCCCAUCAUGUGCCCACGGUGCUCACCUUCACGUCACUGUUCCCGCUGAUGCUGCUCUUCAUCCUGUGCCUCUACGUGCACAUGUUCUUGCUGGCCCGCUCCCAAGCCAGGAGGAUCUCCAGCCCUUCCAGGGUCAACAUGCGAGGUGCCAUCACCCUGACCAUCUUGCUGGGAGUCUUCAUCUUCUGUUGGGCCCCCUUCAUCCUUCAUGUGCUCCUAAUGACAUUCUGCCCGGAUAACCCCUACUGUGUGUGCUACAUGUCUCUCUUCCAAGUGAACGGCCUGUUGAUUAUGUGCAACGCCAUCAUCGACCCCUUCAUCUAUGCCUUCCGGAGUCCAGAGUUCAGGAAUGCCUUCAGAAAGAUGACCUUCUGCAGGAGGUGCUGGUAA